CCUUCCUCCCGUGUAGUGCACUGUUUUAUCCCGCCAAUUUGUAAAAAAAAUCUGCCUUUGUUCUGAUAUACCAAGUAAAAAUAACAUCAUGAAUUCUCCAAGUGCGAGAUCUCCGAUGAAUUCUCCGAGUGCGAGAUCUCCCUCAUAUCGACAUAUUGCUAUAAAGCACAAACAUUCUCCAAUUGAACUCAAAGAAAAGAUGAGGAAGUCUUAUAAAGAUAAAGUUCAAAAUUGUCGAAAUAUGCUUCUGAACAGGCUCCGUGGCUCUGAAACGGACUUACGGGAAACAUUGACUGAUAUCUAUAAAAGUAUGUUUAACUUUUCUGCGGACACAACAAUCACUGAUGAAGAAAAUGAAAUUAUGGAAGAAAUAAGGAAUGAAUUGGUUCAGGAGGAAUUACAGUGGUGGCUUGAAGAACAUGAAAAAUCACAGGCUGAAAAUGUGGACUGGUCUACCAUAGAACAGGAAGACAAUGUAAUAUGCCCAAUGUGUCAAAAAGAUAACUUCAAACUUGAUUUCGGUACUUUGACUUGUUUGCUAUGUAAAUUUAAUAUUCAAACACAAAAGCCAUUAGUAGAAAUUAAGAAAUCCCUGAACAAUUGUAUUGAAGCACAUGGUGCUUUAUGCAAUAAUCAAGUUCUAUUUACUACUGUUACUGAAGUGAAUGAGACUCAUAUUUACCUAAUUUGCGACAGCUGUAUGGAAAUGCGGCUAGUCGUAUAAAAAUAAAAGUAUAACUCCUGUACAAAAAUUAAUGCACACACUUAUUGACAAAGUGGAACAGUAUUAUAACAUACAUAUAUAGAUUAUUGACAAACUGUUUGUUUAGCUAAUUUCAAAUAGUUUUUUUUUUCUACUCAUCGACUAUAAUCUGUGUAUUACAACUUCAUAUGCAACACUACAAUCUUACUCUUUUCAACGUUGGAUAGUCUAUGGCACUUCCAACUCAAGCAUAAGAAUUUUAUUGGUACGGUUUAGUCAAUUAUAAAAUUUUUGAAAAUAGAACUUCAUACAUUUCGAUAAAAUAUUUCUUGUUUAAGGAGACUCGAUUCAAUGCAAAUAAGCCUACUUAAACACGCUGCUGCAUCGCAUCUGCUUUGUGAUUGGUUGGCCAACAAAAACAUUUUAUUUUAUGUUGUAUUAGAAACAAUUGCUUCAUAAUUCAGAAACGCGCAUGUGACACCCUUCAUAUAGCAACAUCCAUACCCUACGAAAACCGCUUAGCGUUGCUUGUUAGUCUCCAUAGGCUACGGUGGCCAAAAUCGAGAAAAAAACUGUUUUAAAAUUGAAUUUAGCGCGGAGCAGGUACCAGAGUAAAAAGUUAUAAGUAUCUGGGUUGUUGGUUAAAUGAAGACUGGGGAUCAGAGAAGGAAAUACGGACGAGAAUUGAAAUAGCCAGAAACACCUUUCAGAAAAUGAGGAAACUUUUAACUAACAGAAAAAUAAACUUAAAACUGAGGUGGCGAAUGGUUAAAUGUUACAUCAUCCCAAUUCUUACGUAUGGUUCCGACAGCUGGACCCUGAAAAAGAAGUUGGUCAACAAACUAAGGGCUUUUGAAAUGUGGAUUUAUCGAAGGAUGCUCAAAAUUAAAUGGACAGAUAGAAUAACAAAUGUUAGAGUUUUGGAAAUCAUGAAAAAAGGUUUAGAAGUAGUAUCAACAAUUAAGAAAAGGAAAACGGCAUAUUUUGGACAUAUAUAUAUAGAAACAAUAAAUACAAUUUACUGAAAUUAAUAAUUGAAGGAAAAAUUGAAGGGAAGCGUGGUAGCGGUAAAAGGCGCACAUCAUGGACUGGAAAUAUAAGAGACUGGUUAAAAGUGAAGAGCAUAGAUAGACUAAUUCGCAUGACUGAACAUAGAGAGACAUAUAGACAUAUGGUCGCCGACCUCCUGGACGGAGAUGGCACGUAAAGAAAAGAGAAGAAAGAGGUACCAGGGCCUCAUGAGUUACGAGGCGGUGUCGUUGACCAACCCGCCGGGGGCGCCGCGUACGAGUAUGAAGGUAUCGCGGGCUGCGGCAGCUCGCGUAUCUUAGCUUUAUACUUUUGGUUUGUUGACCUAUAUGAUUCUACUAGUUGAAAGUAUUAUUUUUUUGUCUCGUAGAAAAGGUAUUGUAUACAAUAGUGAUAUAAUCAAGCUUUUCAAUCUCGUACCUUACUGAAGCAACUCAGCAAGCUUCGUGGCUUAACCCUUAAAUGCAUGAUUUUUUCCUUUUGUCCGAUAUUAAUAUAUGUGUCACGUAAUUGUUUGCUGAUUAUGGGAAAAAUUGUAAAAAAAUUAUAACAUCGAUUUACACUGAAAAAACAGUGUCAGAAGUUGCACAGGCUAAAUCAUAUUUAUGUAAAUAUAUAAUUUUCAACAAGAGAUAUAUGAAAAAAUCUUACUGAAAUCAGAAAGGUACACUAUUUGUAAUACACCUAUAAUAACGUUUUUAAAUAUAAAAUAAUUACAAAUCCCGAAAAAAACGUCCAAAAUCACAUAUAAAAAAUUGUCUUAAGAGUUGACACCGGGAUUUUAGUCGCAAAAAUGUAAAAUUGAUAGAUUUAGUCGAUGAAAUUGUACACCUUUUGUUACCAAAUUGAAAUAACAAGUACUGGUUUCUAUUAGCACGUCUUCUUACCUUGCCUUUUAUCAGAUCAAUUUUUUGAAAACAGACUCACUAAAUUAGUAAUGUUUUUUUUUCUGAUGGACGUUUAGGUAAACGCGCGUAAAACACUGAUUUUGUCGCUCUUAUUUGUAAAUUUCGUAAAGUUUGGACUGCUAAAAAUAGUAAAUUUGUAUUACACAUAUUCUGUACUUGACCUUUAUCAGAUUACAUUUUUGUUAUAUGACUUUGUUAAAUGUUCAAGGAAAUUAAAGUUAAACGAAUUCAAUUUUCUCCAGAAAUUACUUCAAAACAAGUGACAGUUUCUCUGAAAAUUGACUUAACUUCAACGUAAUUUUCAUACUUAAACAAUCUACAACAUUUGCUGAAACUAUUCUUAUACAUCAAUUUGUAUAAUAUGCCACCAUAAUUUUUUGAUGAAUUUUUAAAAACUUCUCUUCAUAUAUUACCGGUGACGCACGCUCGCGACCUCAUUAUUAAAAGGCAAGAUGAAAAGACGUGCUAAUAGAAACCACCAAUACUUGUUAUUUAGAUAUUACGUAACAAAACGUGUAUAAUUUAACGACUAAAUCUAUCAAUACUACAUUUUUGCUCCAAAAUCGACUACGGCCUAAUAAACUAUCGUGAGACAUAUUUCAAAAUAUUUAGAUCAGUGCAGUGCAGUGCACGACGUACAACCGCCGCGGACACUCGUGCCUGAGGAAGGAUUCCCAAAGAAUCCGAAACAUGUCGCCAAAAGCGACUAAAAAUAAUAGUGAGUAAAAACCGUACUGAUCUAAAUAUUUCUACUACGGCCUCUUAAAACGAAUGUAAUUUUUAUAAAUAAAAAUAUUGUUUAGAUAUUAAAUACCCCUUAAAUGCAUGAUUAAUUUAAUUAAUGUAAUAUAUUUAUUAAGCGUAUUAUAAUUAAUUAUGCAUCAUUAUUGCUUUGUAUACAUUUGGCAACAAUAUGCAUUUAAGGGUUAAACACUGUACUCGACUGAAAAGCUCUCUGUUAUAUUACGAUUGUAUAAAAUACUAUAUGUUAUGUUCAAUGACUUACCUACUAUUAUUAAAUCAUUUUACGAUUUAGACUCACUUGUUAUGGUUUGUGUUAUGAUUUAAUGUUAGUAUGUAGAUAAUUAUCCUAAUAACCAACAGGUCAACAAGGGAGAGGAGUGUUAGGGUCGGCAACGCGCAUGUAACUCCUUUGGAGUUGCAGGCGUACAUAGGCUACGGAGACUGCUUAACAUCAGGCGGGCCGUAUGCUUGUUUGCCACCGACUUAGUAUUUAAAAAAAAAGGUUAUUAGGAUAAUUAUCUACAAAAGUUUUUUGCACAGCAAUUUACCUCUUGUUUCACGAGCAACAAUAUACAGUUGAACCCGCUUAAUAUGAUAACGUUUAAAUCAAUUUCCCGCAUAAUACGCCAUUUUACGCCGGUCCCUGCAAGUUUAGGCCUGAUCUCUUACAUUUUUUUCUAAUAAGAGUCUCGUCCCGCUUAAUACGCCAUCUAAAUGUUACGUGUGAAGAAAACAAAUUUCUUCUUUCCGAAUCAGAAUUGAAAUUCAAAAUUUAACGCAAUUGUAACCUGCCUACAUCGAAAAUAUCUCAGUCCAAAAAAGGUUCCAUGUGUUUUGAUAAAGCGCCAUCUAAGAGAAUUCCGCGCUAACGAUAACCCACUAGCCCUCGCAUAACAAACAACGAAAAAAACCCGAAGAAAUACGCAAACUACGUUGAUAUGGAAGAAGUUCCACAAACCACCGAUAGAUGGCAAAAAAAUAAAUAUGUAGCGAACGCUACACAACUUAUGUAUGCGGGUGAAAAAAUUGGGACUAAUCAUGCCGUACUAAUAUUACGCAAGGGGACGCGAUUCUGGCGACACCUCCGCCUGUCCAGAUAAGUUUGUAGCCCUGACUAAGCGAUUGGCUAAUUGGUUCGUAUAGUCCGCGCAUCAAUUCUGUGCAUUGGGGGGUCGGGGAAGUAGGAGGGUAUGCGCCGCUCCCGUACGUCGCAUCACACAUCACACCCCCAGGGACGGACAACCCUUUCCUCGAUAAAAGCCUUUCAAUUGGCGUCCCUUUAAUAUGGCUAACCCAGAAAAAGACUUACCAGUUCGAACUGCCAGCCCAUUCAUUUGACUAUCCCUGACCAAAAAACUUACCAAACAAUUAAGCUAACCCCUUUAUAAGGGCUACCCUAACCAUUAAGCGCUUUUUAUAAAACUUUCCCUUUUUAUUUUAGCCAACUUUUGUCACAUGGCCACAUGGCCAGUAUUGAUUGACAUUUUAUACAUAUGAAACCUUUUACAAUCUCCAGUAAAAUAGACACUGACGAUUCCGACUACAUCAUAUAGUAGACGAUCGUUCGCUAUCGGAUGCAAAGUAAUGUGUGCUUUAUGAUCAAGAUAAAUGGUUUAAAUUAGCACGCUUAUAUGCUAAAAGCGUAUCCUUUUAUAAGGCUAACCGUCAUAUUAUAAGCAACAUGCUUGUAUUGGUGAGCGGAUGAUAAGGGUUGUGUAAAGGUAUUUGCAUGGAUACUGCUUAAUCAUAUGGGUUAGCGCUUAGACAAGGGCUUUGAAAGUAAAAUAAAAGGGUUUUAUCGGGAAAAGGGUAUGGCGAGUUAAACCUUAUCAAAACCCUUUAUAAGGGAUAGCGGGCGGGUCCCUGCACACCCCACACUCGCCCGCAGCCAGUGUUGGCUGUUUUCUUUUCUUAAAGUUUACUGUUACGCACCAUCUGCACGUUUGUGUUAUUGACAUAACCGUCGUAUUGUUAUGCAAUACGCCGUUACCCAACAUUUAAAUUAAUGUGUUUAUUACCUACCUAAAGCGAGGUUUAGACUAGCAAGAACUUGCAUGCAAUUUACGUUACAUUGCUGACUACUAAGGUAUACUGCAUUCAAAAUACUUAUCAGAUACCGCAAUGUAAUGAAAAUUGCAUGCAAGUUCUUGCUAGUCUAAACCUCGUUUUAGGUUUUUUUGUUUUGGCUAAUUAUAUCUUUUCCUUCUUUUUUUUUUUUUUUUUUUUUUUUUCCUAUCUGGCUUUUACUCCCCGCAAUUUUGCACGGGGUGAAUUUGCCAAUGUCGGUUUUUGACUUUCACACGUGAGGAGAAUGUUCGGUAGUCUGGGAGGUGAUCCUUCUUAUCGGCGUGAGAAUGCGAUGACAUCUGCUUGACCGCCUAAUGUUGAUUUAUAAUCUUUGUUGUGUCUUCCAUUCUAUAUAAACAAAUUACAUGAAAUAAUACUAUUUUUUUUUAACGUUUAAAGACGAUUUCCCGUUUAUGACGCUUUUUUUUGCUAGGUCCAUCCAGAAGCGUCUUAAGCGGGUUCUACUGUAAGUUAAUAAGAUUAAGAUUAUUGUCUUGUAUGUUGAACCACAUGGUUACUGGUUAACUGUGAUGCCUUAACUUUGGCUUGGGCAGUCAAAUUUCUUUAAUAUUAUAAAAUUAUUGUAUGUUCAUAUUGGUUUUUAUAUUCAUUGCUUGAUUUGGUAACUUUUGCAUGUGACUGGCCUGUUGAUUUAUCUCUAAAUUGUUAGAAACCGUUAAGAAGGUAGUCCCUACAUUGUUAUGAAUUUGAUUUAAUACUUGUGAUAUAUCUUUAAGAUAAUUGUUUCUUAAGUAUUUUCUUUUGAAUUUGUUAUUUAUCCUAACAGGUUUUAUGAUAAAACAAUUCGUAAUAAAAUUCCAAUUACAAAAUAAAAAAU